AUGAACUUCAAGUCGGCUUUCCUUCUUCUCGUCGCUGCGUCAUCAGCAUGCGCCAACCCAGUUGACCUCUGCAAGAAGGCCGCGGACGGCACAGUCGAUAAGCGUUGCGGUGGUCCCAUCCUUGACCAUUGCAAUUGCAAGAUGUGGGUCCCUGGAAAGACCGCGGCUGAUCCUCGUCAAUACCUGUCUGGAGACUUCCCAUACGGUACUGGAGUAACUCAAGGCACCAUGAAAGCCACAGGAGGCGCGGGUCAAGGCAGCGUCUGCGCGGUCACCUGGGACAGAGGAGACAAUGGACGUUGUGGAUACUGGAAGCAGAUCAGUGGCCCAACUGGGUCGGGAUGCCAGCAAUACCAGAAUGUUUGGUUCAGCUGCGACGAAGUUUACGCAUAG